UUCGGGAAGAGAACGACCCGAAUCUGCUGCAGACUGGGUCGCCGUCACGUUGAAAACACACAGAACCAUCCCGGGAGAUAGCUUUCUGCAUGAGGUGUAAAAAACUUGAUCGGCACGAUCCAGCCGAAAAGACAAUUCUUUGGGGCAUUAGGAGCAGAAAGAGGGAAGGGAGGGGAGGGGGGGAAAUUAGGAGAGAAAAGAGAAACAUGUCUUCCGCUUCCAACGAAAUCACGAGCACAAUUGAGGUGAAAGAAGAAAACGACAGCUUGCAACCAAAGAUCAACACACUGGGCUCUGCAGCCACUCUGGAGCCUGAAGUGAGUGCACUUUCUACAAGCCCGGAGAUUUCCGAGCAGGUACCCGUGGAACUGUUAACCAACCCCGCCGCGGCGCUGACUUUUUCGCCGGAGCAAGUGGCGUGUGUGUGCGAGGCUUUGCAACAAGGAGGGAACCUGGAUCGCUUAGCCCAGUUCUUGUGGUCCCUGCCUCCCAGCGAUCUGCUACGUGGCAACGAAAGCAUCCUGAAAGCCCGGGCUCUUGUCGCUUUCCACCAGAGUCGCUACAAAGAGCUGUACAGCAUUCUGGAGAGUCACAACUUCGACGCGUCCUGCCACACUUCCCUGCAGGAUCUCUGGUACAAAGCCCGGUACACAGAAGCCGAGAAAGUCCGCGGCCGGCCCCUGGGGGCUGUGGAUAAGUACAGGCUGCGCAGGAAAUUCCCCUUGCCCAGGACCAUAUGGGACGGCGAGGAGAGGGUCUACUGCUUCAAGGAGAAGUCGCGGAAUGCGCUCAAAGAGUUGUACAAACAGAAUCGCUACCCAUCGCCGGCCGAGAAGCGGAAUCUGGCCAAGAUCACAGGGCUUUCCCUCACCCAGGUCAGCAACUGGUUCAAAAAUAGGCGCCAGCGAGACCGUAAUCCAUCGGAAAACCAGUCGAAAAGUGAGUCAGAUGGUAAUCACAGCACUGAAGAUGAGUCCAGCAAGGGUCAAGAAGACAUGUCGCCUCGUCCGUUGUCAAAUCCAUCUGAUGGGAUGAACCACUCCAACGUCCAUAGCCCUCCAGAAGGCAUGUUCAUGCAUCAUAUCGGGGAGCUGAAGCCCUCCCAGAAUUCCUCUGGCAUACUACUGAAUGGAAAUCUUGUAACUACAAAUGGCUCUCCUGUGUUUUACAGUGGAAGUUCUUUCAUCCAAGGUCCUAAUGGAGUCCUUGUUAAUGGAUUGUCUUUAGGAAAUGCCCAGACAAUAAGUUUAAGCCCAAUAGGAACCACUCCCAGCGUGCUGGUUAAUGGUAUUUCAAAUGGGUCUACUGGUGGCAAUGAACUUAAAACUGAAAGUGUACACAUGCUUACUUCUGAAGAAGCAGUGUCCUCCGGAUCUGCUGAAAUUAGUAGAGGCCCAGCCCAAGUAAACCAGUAUAGCCUUGUGCAGCUGCAAAAUACAGAAAAUAACAUUCACUUGGUAAAUGGAAAUAUUGGGUUACCUCCACUUCAGCUGCCUUCUGUUUCUGCUGCAUCAUCACAGGGAAACAUUUUGAUAACAAACACAUCAGAUGGAGGAACAUUCCUAAGUGGUACAACAGCCAGUCUUCAGCAAGGUAAGGUCUUCUUGGCAGCCACACUCCCACCAAAUGCAGUAAUGUGCACAUUACCUAAUUCAGGGCAGGCUGUUGCCCCAGUAAAACAGGAUGCGUUGGAAGGAGGUCUUGUUUUUUCUCAAUUAAUGUCAGUGAGUGGAAGCAAUCAUAUGAAUAUUAACACAUCUCCUGGGAACCAACCUGGAAAUACCCUACAAACUCAAAGCUCAACGCUGGUGAACACAGGGCUGCCUCAAAACCUGCCUUUGACUUCGUCAAAUUUGCUGAACACAUCAAGUACUUUGAGCUUCAGCCUCACAGUGAGUUUGCCACUGUCAACUACUGCAUCUCUGAAUUGUGAUCAACAGUUGUCUACUGCUGUCACGAAUGCAGUACCUGUAGUGUCGAUGGCCAACAGUCAGUAUGCUACACUCCAGAACUGUAAUCUGCUUACAAGCUCUGGCCAAGAGACUGUAACUGAAACUGGUCUUGAUGCUUCUGACACUGAGGAUAAGCCUAGAAAUCCAAUUACAGAAGAAACGCAUGAAUACAGUAGUGGACAUGUGUCUGUACUUCAUCCCCCAGUAAAGGAAAACUACUUGGUAGUUCUAGAAAACAAAUCUAGCAACCACCUGACAAUGAUGGACUCUAAAUCCAAAUAUGUGAUAAAUGAUGUGGUUAACAAUGUCUGCAAGGAAUUAGAAACUGAGGAAAAGGAACUAGCUAAACUUCAAAAUGUUCCUAUGGAUGAAGAUCUCAGUGAUAUAUAACUGCCUACAUAUAUGCAGCAGGCUUUUGAAAAUGGGAUUGUUUGAUAUUUUCCGUCCUCGUGUUUAGGUAACCAAAGACUGAAGUGUUUCUAUUAUCAUAUUUUAUCUACUUCAUAAUUUAAAGGAAAGAACUGUUAGGAGAUGACUGAGGUAGUCAACCAUUAUCUGUUACACUUUUUUACUGGAAUCUUGAUUUUUAGCCGUAAGUUGGUAUUUAUUUUUGACACUCCUGGUAUAGUCAGUCAUAACACAUAAAUAAGGACUGGUUAGCAUCUUAAAGAUAUAUGUCUGUAUUGAUGGGCUUUUCUUCCUGUAUAUGCAUGGUUUGGUAUCAAUGUACCAUUAGCAAAUGUAAGCAUUACAUUAUGAUAUUUUGGGUACACCAGUCACAAAAUGGCCCAGAGGCAUACGACCACAAAUUUAGUUUUAUUACUUUUAUUAAACACUACCCAAAAUAACACACACUAAUACUUUUCAAAUGUAACACUUUACCAAAAGAUUUUCCGACUUAGUGAAUGCAUACUUUCUGGACAGUGUUUUGUAUGACCAAUAGCUGACAAUCAAGAUGGAAUGUACAGUCCAGGAUCAUUAGAAUUACCAUUGGAAUGUACAGUUUUUUGUUUUUAAAUGUCCUGAAGUCCAAGUACUGUGAAUUAUGGCUGGAAGUGUCCCAUUCCCUUCCUGUUUCCUACCUGCACAAAAUACAAACUUAGGUGGAAUGUGGAAGCAAGAGAAUAUCUCAAUUUGGUACAACUCCACAAUAUUAUUAUAAAUAGAGAAACUUUAUUUUUUUGAUCUUAUUGAUCUACUACUUUCAUGCAGUUAGUUUAUUGAAGUGCUUUAAUCUUUGCCAGCAAUUAUGUAAACGGUAGAGAGUUCCUGUACAUUGAUUGAGUGCCUUGGCAUUUUAGCAGAAUCAGAGGUGCAAAGUUCAGUAUUCACCAGGACAAGUCUUGCCUGUGAGGUUCAACUUCAUGAAUACCUGUACAGGCAGAAAUCUGAUUCAAGUGGUGAAACUAGACUGAUAGCUGGCUGAUCCAAAGUCAUUAUCCACAGCUCUUGAUAUUCCAUUUUGUUGCAGUCAGUGGAAUUAAAUAUCAAGCACUGCAUAUAAUGGAUGGUCAAUCUGAUGCCGCCCAUUCCGCACCGCUGCCCAAGAUUAAUUUUUACCCUGUAACACAUUUUAAAGUAACAAAUGUAUCACUUCAGCCUCUGUUGAGUUUCAGUGGAAAUCUGCUCUGUGACCAUGGUACUCAGCUGCCACCAAAGUUCACCAUUUGCAGUCAGUUCCUACCAUCAUCAAGAUCUAAUGGUGGAUCCAUUUCUGCAUUAGCUGAUUUUGUUUUUUAACAGAAGAUAUAUAUAUUAGAAAUGAUUAAAAGUGUUUCUUUUUCUGGUUACUGUUAAUACUAAACGAGGAACUUAAAAUACAUUAUGCACAUUUGGGUUAUGAUUAAUCAAGCAUUUUAGAUUACAAUCAUCAUCUGUUUGAGCUUCCAUGGUUUAUGAUAUCUUUUGCACUCCAUAACAAGUGACAAGCUUGAAGCAUGCUCCUGAAGGAAACUGUGGUCAUUGUUACAUCAGCAAGAUAAAUCUAGAUAUCGCAUAUGUCACUUCAAUUGUUAUUUUUUGCAUCUUUGACAUUGCCUGUCAUUGUCAUACUACAAAGAAAAAAUAGCAAAUAGGAAAAAAAAUCAAUAUAUUAAAUAGAACCAUAUUUUGGAUAUAUUCCAUGACAGUAACAAUUUAAUUGUGAGAUGAUAAUGAACAACUUGGGAUUUGUUCUUGCAUUUUAUAAUGUCCUUUCAAUUGUUUGAAAUGGUAUUACUUUGCAAACUUACCCACAGACCCUGAAUGUAAUACAUGUUUAAUCUUUCCCAUCAAAGAAGCAUCUUAAUUUUAAUCAGAUUUCAUGAAGUAAACAAUUUCCAUUUAAAAUUUAUCAUGCACAUUGCUAAACUCAAAUGUAACUUUUCUUUGAGCCAUUUACUGUGCAUCCCUAUUAGUGUUAAAAUAUUAUAAUGUCUGUUAGAAUGUGCUAUAAAAUGUCUGUGUCACUGCACGUAAGAAACAUGUUUCUUAUAAAAGUUCAACUUCCCUUGAUCUGUUACUAUUAAUUUUCAAUGCUUAAUGUUUGAAGUGUUGAAACUUAUCCCCCUCCCCCAACAAUCAUUUUCCCCUUCUUUGGCUUGUGUGCCUUCCAGGAAUCUUUUCCAAAAGUGGAAACAAAUGCUGUGUUUUGUGAAAUGAAAAUUCAGUUACUCUUUUAUGUAUACAUCUUGCAUCUGCUUGCGCAAGUUUGCUCAUUAUCUUAAUGUGUCUUCUUGCAUUCAGUGCCUCUUAUGCUUUCAAUAUAUUUUAAUCACUGUGAGGCAUUUGAAAACUGGUCCAACCCAGUGCAGUUAAUAAAAAAAAAGCCCUGGUCUUCGACACACGAGAAUGAAAUGCAGCCAAGUGCUUAUGAAGUGUAGCCAACUAUGAUCUUUUUCUGGUAUGUGAAAGCCUGCCUGUAUGUUGAGACAAUCCUUCAUAUUAUUUGAAUAAGAAGUAUUUUUAUACGAUCAUUAAAUUCCCCAAAUUGAAUUAUGUCAACAGAAGGUUUGAGUAAAAUUUUUAGUGAUUCUCGCAACUAAGUUUCUAUCAUGCAAAAAAAUCAAAAGUUUUAUCGAAAUGUUGGUGGAAAUUACUGAAGUUUUUUUUUUCAACUACUCCCUAAGGAGGGAGCUGAACCGUUAUUCAAUGUGACACUCUGCGUUAAUGUUGGGUUUGUGUGCUCUAAUGUUAACCUGACAGCUGGAAAAUAAUGUGCCUGAUCUGCAUAAAAUAUUGAUUAGCAUUUUUAUUUAAUUUCUUUGGAAUUGCUAAGCUUUGACCUGUGCAAGGUCUAAGGCAGUAAGUGGUGUGUUGUGAAUUUUCUACAUUCGGUACUUCUAAAUGUUUUAUGGAUAAACUUUUUUUUGUUGAUUCCUAGAAAUGGUGUGUUGAGUAGUUAUAUUACACUGUUCCACCUCCUUAUCUGACUGCACAAGAGGAAUUUUUUUUCUGUCUCUAUAUCAAUAUGUUAGUAAGAAUUGUUCUAUAGCUUGCUUUUAAAGGGGUUUUAAUAUAAAGGGAAGCUUUUAUUAGCCAGUGCAAGUUAUAUGCAUUGAUUAAAGUCUAUUUUACUGUACUGUAGAUUUGGCAUGAAACUUUAUAAACAUUUUACAUUGAUUUUUGAAUGUGUCUGUAUACAUACUGUGUGAGGGAUAUGGGUAGCGAAAACAUCUAUACUGCACUAACUUCUUGGUGAUGGUACGUUGAGCAUGUAUUCGUGUUUUGUGUUCACCCUUGGUAUACCAAAGAUAUUUUAAAUACUAGAUUUAAAGUAUAAUCUAGAAAAAUCUGUACUGUUACAUGACCUUUUGUUUUAUAUUCUGAAAUGAUCUGAGCUUAUUUUUCUAAACACUAUACUCAAUGAACUUUAUAUUUAUACA